AGACCACAUCAAUCGAUUGGAGCUCCUCAACGAACUCGMCCCUUCGCAUUCAACGAUUAUAAUUAGCUUGAGAAAUUACCAAGAGACAAUGAUGAGAUCCGUUUUCUUCCUCCUUGCUAUCAUCGCUUGUGCUUCGGCCUUUGCCCCUGUCUACAACACUGUUCGUGUUGCUGACACGUGAGUUUCCUUUUCGCUGCUCGAGUUUGCCGGUGURGGAGGACAAGAUUAUGYCAAAUUWAUGGUGGUGGCCUUUAGUGAUGGAGUAGACAUUACAGAGUUGUGCCAAAUUCAAAGUUGUAUCGAUUGUGCUUCAGCAUUUYAUUAUCGUUUUCCUGCCAUUUCUCACCGUUUGCAUUUUUCUUGCGCUGCACCAACAGAUGCCUUUCCGCCAAACACGUGAAUGACAAGGCCGCCAAAUGGGCCAAAUCUAAGCGCCCUAGAAAGUCACGACCAUCGGAUAUCAACCGUGCUCCUAUCGAUUACGCUAUUCACUCUUACCAAAAGCCUGCCGAAUACGAUAUCUCAUCAGAACCCGCUGCCCCAAUGGCCAAGCCCGCUGCCACCGAAAACUAGAAUUUUGUAAUUGGAUUUAUAGAAUGAUUUAACCCAUYUAUGUUAUUUUCGC